AUCUCCGCGCCUGGCGCCGGGAGGCGCGUCGCGGCGGCGAAGGUGGGUGCGCGCCUUGCGGGCCUCUGGGAGCCCAGGACUCCCUCUGUCUGUGCCUCGGACCUGGCCCCGGAGCCUGCUAGACUCCCGUCUGGGACGCGAUCCCCCGAGCUCCCUGCCCUCAGCCUCCGGCCUCGCAGAUUCGGUUCUGCUGCUCAUCCACCAGGACGUAUGUCUACCCACAGGCCCUCCUUCGCCUCACUUGUUUGGCCCUAGGACACGCCCCCGUGCCAGACUAGUCACCCGCGCGUGCCAGGAGGGGUCGACUCCACAGAGGCACGUGAACACUCCCAGGAAGCCCUGGGCAGCUCCAGCUCAGCUGCUGCAUGUUUUCUGAGCAGCUUUCCUUCGGGUCGGCUGGCCUGGCCACACCAAGAUGCAAGGCGGGCAGGAGGUGGGGAGAGAGUCAGUGAGUGACCUCGCAGAGGAACCUGGAGAGGGGUCCCUCCACCAGACAGCUGGAGGACAGAGUGGUGAUGGUUUGGAACGGAGGAGGAUCUGCUACGACGGUCCCGCGAUUCUGCUGGACGGGAACGCUAACAGCUCCAGGCUGGAUGAGGGUCUUCCCACCUGCUCUCUCAACCGUCCACACCCAGGGGAGCUCAGCGGCGGGUGGGGAGAGUUCGAAGGCUUCCGGGAGUCUUCAGCUAAGUCUGAGCAGUUUUCUCAAUCUUUUGAACUCCUGCGGAGAGCCGCGGAAUGUCAGCCGCUGAGAACCCCUUCAGUCCCCAAAGAGGGCGGUUCUUGCCAGGUGCAGCAGGGUGGACCCUGGGUGACAGGAAUUGCUGCUGGCCCAUCUUCAGAGUCCGUUGUCAGCUAUGAGAAGGUUUUUAGGCAUGCAUUUCAAGAAGUCCCAGUGGAACAGGCAACUGAAGACGUUUGUUCUCUGGACCGUUUCUUAGAAAUAAGCAACGAAGAAACCAUACCUGUGCCUAGACUAUGUUCUGAAUCUAGGAAACUCUGGCGAGCCCUUCAGAACACCGACACCGUGUCUGCUUCGAGGUGUCUCUGGAGUGAAUCUCACUGUCGGGAAAACCUCCUUCCUGUCCUUGGUGUAGACGCUGCUCAGAAGAGCCUUUCUGGAGGCCAGGGCCAUGCUGUGGAAGGGUCUGACUUCAGAAAGCCGGAGGAGCUGCUGGCAGUCAGUGGUUUCCACCUACAUCGCUGCAAAGCCCUGAUUCAGACCAAGCUCUCAGGGACGUCCGGCAGCAGACAGGGCCGCCUGAUUACCUACAGCCUGUUUCUGAAGACACCCCUCCAAGGGAACGGGCAUUAUAUCACCAUUCCACAAAAAAAGAUCUUUUCUCCACGCAACCUGAAAAUGGCAUUCUUUAAUAACGACGUCUGCUAAAAGCAGUACUUUGUACCUUUAUGAGACAUUUUACAUUUUCUUACUGGUUUGCUUUGGUACUAGAACUUGAGAAUUUCUGUGGCACUGUUUCCCAGUUCCAUGUUAGUUUCCUAGGACCUCUGUCAAACUACUGUAGAACACGUGCGCUCACAUCUGAGAGGGUGUACAGAAGGAAUGCCCUUGGGCAGAGCCAGUCUCCAUGGAGUUUCUGGGAACACUGUAGGCUGGCACCAGGUGCCUGUUGAUCCUGUCCUGGCUCACAGUUGGACCCACGAGUUCAGAAGUCAGAAGAUAGCUACUUAUCACUUGCAGGAACAUGCCCUGGCCGUGGCCCUCCCCCGUGCAGUUUCCUGGGGUGUUCUACCCAUCUCUGGGUUGGAUCCUGCCCUCACCCAGCAGCCUCGGGAACAAGCUUUACUCUGAGUAGAAGGGCGGGUGGGAGAGCACACUGGGUGUUCUGGAAGCAAGCUGGAUGAGCUUCCUCGGUCACCUGCUGAGACAAGAGUUUUACUUCAGGGGCAUACACAAGCAGGCGGCGCUGUAUUUUGUAAACUUUUAUUAAAAAGAAAGGACCGUA